UCCGGAGCCGUUUUGUCAAAGAGGACAACUUGCCUAAAAUAAUCUGAAAAGAUUCUUUUUUCAGCGGUGCGGCGUAACGUGACGUUAACUGUGAAGUAAACGUAGGAUUUUUUUAUUUUUUUUUAAUUGUAAAAAAAACCCAUUACUUGGUCACAUUGUGUUUGUCUCGUAGCCUCAAUGCGGCUGUCAGAUCCACAUCUGCCUCAAAAUUAAAGCGAAGAUCCGUUUAGAAAUAGAUGUGAAAACUUUCAGUUCAUUUUGAAACUAGCCGCAUGUUUUUUAUAAUUAACGUUAGUUUACAUAAAACGAACUUUAAGCGAGCGAAGUCACGUAUUUCAUUAAAGACAACAUUUGCGCUUAAAGUCUGUCAGUUCAACUUGCAGACGGUGUUGUACUGAUAAAAUAUAUUUUCCUUAUUGUGGCUUUAGUGUGUAUUUCUGUUAGAUUCACCACAUCGCUCCAUCAGUGUCCGCUAAAACAGUUCAGCCGAUAGUUUUACCGUUAUUUUUUGAUGUCCUGAGAGAAGCCUGAGGGACACCGCUUUAUUAUGUCGCUUUUUUUACAGCAGGCUGAAGGGAAAUUUAAAAGACCUAAAAAUAAAGUGUCGGUUUCUACUCCACAAAGAAUCAUUUGAACUUCCUACCGCAGAAGGAGAAGGACAUAAAUAGUUCUGACAUGUGGAUGUAAUUUCAGAAAAAAAGGCAGACAGAUGCAGAGAAAUAAAACGCGAGCGGGAGAGAGAGAGUGGGAACAGUUUGAAUCGAGCCUGCAGAUCUGUGACAAGGAAAAGCCGUGAGAAAAUAUUCAUAAUUUUACAAGCAAACGAUGUAAUGGGAGGGGAGCAGAUGGAGGCGAAAUGACUGGCUCUUUGACGGCGCUUAAACAGACGUAAACAUCAGAGAAAUCCCAUUUAAGCUGACAUCAAUUUACGUGAACUUGAGUCGGGAUGGGAGCCACGCUGAUCGUACACACUUUAGGUUUUCUCUUUUGCGGCACCUUGCUGAGUUUCGUCUAUGGUCUGGUCGAUGCUGAUGAUGUCCUCACUAAAGAGGAACAAAUCUAUCUGCUGUUCAAUGCAAAGAGGAAAUGCGAGCGAGCGAUCAAGUCCAAACAUAAAAUUACCGAGGGUUACUGCUCGCCGGAGUGGGAUGGCAUCGUAUGUUGGCCUGAGGGAGUUCCUGGAAGGAUGGUGUCCACUGCCUGCCCAGAGUACAUAUAUGACUUCAACCACAAAGGACAUGCCUACCGGCGCUGUGACAUCAACGGGACCUGGGAACUGGCUUCAAAUAACAACAAAACCUGGGCUAACUACAGCGAGUGUGCCAAAUUCCUCACCCAUUACAACCAGAACCAAGAGAGGGAGGUUUUUGACAGACUUUACCUGAUCUACACGGUGGGCUACUCCAUCUCUCUGGGAUCACUCAUGGUGGCCACAGUCAUCCUCGGAUAUUUUCGGCGGCUGCACUGCACCAGGAACUACAUCCACAUGCACCUGUUCGUAUCGUUCAUGUUGAGGGCCAUUAGUAUAUUUGUGAAAGAUGUGGUGUUGUACUCUGGUGCUGCAUUACAGGAAAUGGAACGCAUCACUGUGGAGGAUCUCAAAUCCAUCACAGAAGCCCCUCCUGCCAACAAAACCCAGUUUAUUGGCUGUAAGGUGGCUGUGACUCUCUUCUUGUACUUCUUGGCGACUAAUUAUUACUGGAUUCUGGUGGAAGGCCUGUACCUGCACAGCCUUAUCUUCAUGACCUUCUUCUCAGACAGGAAGUACCUUUGGGGCUUUACUCUGAUUGGAUGGGGUGUUCCUGCGAUGUUUGUCACCAUCUGGGCCAGCGUGAGAGCCACUCUUGCUGACACUGAGUGCUGGGAUUUAAGUGCAGGAAACCUGAAAUGGAUUGUGCAGAUCCCUAUUCUCACAGCAAUUGUUGUAAAUUUUUUGUUGUUCCUGAAUAUAAUCAGAGUCUUGGCAACAAAACUUAGAGAAACAAAUGCAGGGAGAUGUGACACCAGACAACAGUACAGAAAGCUGUUAAAGUCGACUCUGGUCCUCAUGCCGUUGUUUGGCGUUCACUACAUCGUGUUCAUGGCAAUGCCCUAUACAGAAGUGUCUGGGGUCCCGUGGCAAAUCCAGAUGCAUUAUGAAAUGCUCUUUAACUCAUUCCAGGGAUUCUUUGUUGCAAUUAUAUAUUGCUUCUGCAAUGGAGAGGUCCAAGCAGAAAUCAAGAAGUCAUGGAGUAGGAGGACACUCGCUCUGGACUUCAAGAGAAAAGCCCGGAGCGGCAGCAACACGUACAGCUAUGGACCCAUGGUGUCUCACACCAGCGUCACAAACGUGACGGCACGGGGCCCUCUGGCCCUGCACCUCACUACCCGCCUGGGGCCCGUCACCAUCAACGGCCACCGGAACCUUCCGGGAUACGUGAAGAACGGCUCCGUCUCAGAGAACUCCAUCCCGUCCUCGGGGCAGGAGCUCCACAUACAAGAGGAAGAACCUUCGAAGAACUUCCAGGUGGAAAAAAACAUCCCAGUGGUGGAGGAGGAAAGAGAAACCGUCAUGUGACUUAAGAAAGAUGACAAAUGAUGUACAAAAAAACAUUGAAGGAUUAGCAAGUCCUUUGUUUCUCAGGAUUUCCUCACAAUUUGGCUUGUGGGACCAUCUCAGAUGUGUUGGAGACACAGUGACUAACCUAAUGGACCAGAUACAAUCAGUAUCCUUUAAAUGAGCCACAAUGUUCUUGCGAGACUGGAAUCUUCUACAGGCCUCUUCACCAGCAGUGUUUGGAGGAUGAGAACAGAUUUUGGUGAACACCAUAAUAUAUAUUACACGUGUGUUUCUGCAUUGUGAACACACAAUGGCGCCGCUUUCAGGUUGUCGUAUCUCCUCCUUAGAUGAAGAAUGGUGAGUCUGCUUCAGAAUCAAGUCAUAUGAAACAUAUGGACCAUGAAUUGUAAAUAAGACAUCCAUGAUAUUUUAAAUAAGCCUACAUAAAAAUGUUUUUGAUCAGCACUAAUGUCAUUUUAUUUACACUAGUUCAGAAUGAUGCAACUGCCAGCAGGGGCGAUCUAUGUAUUAUAAUAGCAGGUUUUUGUUAGUAGAAUGUGAUAUUAUAUUUAUAUGUCUCUAAGCCUUGAGAGUUUAUCAGUACACUGCAAAAAAAUGAUAUUCUUCCUUAUUAUUUUUGUCAUGUUUUCCAGUGCAAAUGUCUCAACAUUCUUAAAUCAAGGUACAUUUACUGGAGAAGAAACAUUACUCAAGAUAUUAGGUUUUGUUUUCUGAAAAACAUAUCAAAAUGAGUUUUUGCUCAAGGACAAAUAUCUGCCAGAGGGGUCAGAAAAAUACUCUUGUUUUCCCUUUUGAAUUGAGUUUAUUUUUCUGAAACCAUUGGCAGUUAUUUGUUCUUGUUUUAAGCAAAAACUUACAAAAACAAGACUUCAUAUUUUGAAAAAGGGACCUAUGAUCCCUUUUUACAAGAUGUAAAAUAAGUGUGGAUGUGAAGUUUUAACUCAAAAUACCCCACAGAUCAUUUUGGGGGGUGAGCAAAAACAUGCAGUUUUUGUGUCCCUUUAAGUGCAAAUGAGCUGCUGCUUCCAGCCCCCUUUCCAGAAAAGGGCGGAGUUUCAAGAGCUGAUGCUCCAGCAUACCGGCAACAACAAAACAGGACAAUCUCUUGCACUGAAAAUGUCAGAAUCUGUCAGUAGUGGUGUUCAGCCUUAUAUGUUUCAGAAAUCAACCUUUGUGAAAAUCCAGCAUUGAACAGAACCUCAUUUGUGACACAGUCCGGCAUAAAAUGAUUUGCACAAACGUAAGACUUUACCUACUUUCUUCGGGACAUUUCCUUUAAAAAUUCAAUUUAACCACAAUGUCCUCAAUGACUCAGAUGGCGGGAGUCUAUGGAGACUCUUAUGUGCAUUGGUACAUCCCAAAACAUCUCAAAUGAGCUGCUGCUUCCAGCCCCCUUUCCAGAAAAGGGUGGAGCUUCAAGAGCUCAUGCUCCGGCAUGUCGGCAACAACAAAACAGGACAAUCUCACGCACUGAAAAUGUCAGAAACUGUCAGUAGUGGUGUUCAGCGCCUUAUAUGUUUGAUCCGGAGUCGUUGAAAAGAACCUCGUUUGUGAAGCAGUCCGGCGCAAAAUGAUUGGUACAAGCGUAUAAGAAUUGACCUACUUUCUUCAGGACAUUUCCUUUAAAAAUUAAAUUUAACCACAAUGUCCUCAGUGACUCAGAUGGCGGGAGUCUAUGGAGACUCUUAUGUGCAUUGGUACAUCCCAAAACACAACACUUGUAAUGCCUCUUUGGCACAGAUAUCGUACAACUCCAGCUGCUACAGUGAGGAUACAGAAAUCUGUGCUUCUCACUCAGGGCUGUGUCUAUGCUAAUAGGGCAGAUCGUCACCGGCUGUGGGCGGGGCUUCUCCAUGACAUCAUCGUAGGGGGGAAUCUGAAUCAGCUCGUUUGAAGAGACUGCUUUUGAUUUAUGGGAAUCAUAAAAUAAUGAGUGAGUGGAUUUUUACCAUUAUAGGUUGGUUGUUCUCAUACACUGCAGACACACAUCAGUGUUCAAACACAUUAUAACAGUGAAUUUUGCAUUAUAGGUCCCCUUGAUUUAAGAAUGUUUAGAUUUUUGUACUGGAGAACAAGACAAAAAUACUGAGGAAGAACAUCAUGUUUUUUGCAGCGUAGAUUUGCCAAGUCUUGCCAAACGGUCUUUUUUCUUUGUGAGCCUGAUGGUGAAAACAAAAGGUAAUUCCCUCUGAAUCUGUGUAGAUUCAUAUAAAACAUUAUUGCCAUUGAUGGUGAAGCGAUUAUUAUUACAUUUGUAAAAUGUCAAAGCAUUUUGACACACAUACUAUACUAAGCAUGAAAGAGAUAUUGUGUCUUUACAUUUCAUUUUCAGGGUCAUUUUUGGCUGCCUUAACCAUUGCAAUUUAUUAUAGCAGAUUUAUCAUAAUACUGUCAAUAAUAAUAUUUAAAAAAAAACUGGAUUUGCUCACCCCCACUACAGCGUUGUUGGUGGAUGUCAGAAUGGUUGCUAAGUGGUUGCUAGGGUGUUGCUAGGGUGUUUGAUAGGGUUUACUGGCCCAAUACAAAAUCUCUAUAAUCCGAACCCUUGUUAUGUGUUGGUAGCAUUUUUGUCCAAAGAGGAAAAUCAUCACAUAGUCAGAUCAUGUAUAUAAGCAAUAAAACAGCUCUUAUUAUCAAGUCAUAUGAUAUGAGGUGUUCACGUCAAAAGAGGACGAGUUAUGAACAGGCAUUUAAUAUAAAAGGUAAAGUGUGCGUCCACAUCUCCAACUCCAUGUAUGAACAAUAAUUAUUACAUUAUAUAACUCUUAAAAGAUCAUUACCAUUUGCAUUCAACAGAAAUAAAAAUUUAAUUCAAAUAUUUUCAUAAAUAUAAUUAAAUCAGAGCGAAUACUGAUCUGUUGAGCGUUUUAUCAAGUUUAUAAUGACAUAUUAAUGAACAUUAUUAUAAUGCCUUGCAGUAUAUCCUUUGUCAGCACCCAGAAUACCUUUCAUUUUGUGCUUUCUUCUGUUUUUUUGUGUCCUGUUCAGACUAUAUUUCGAGUGUCAGGCCAUAAACAAAUAUAUAUAUAUAUAUAUAUAUAUAUAUAUAUAUAUAUGAAUACACAUUCUUGGAAAUGACUGAGUAAAUCGAUUCGCAGCAUCAUGAUCUGCACUCUAGGAGUUUUCUGGGAAUAAUUGCUCAGCGUUAAAAGCAUCAUUAGAGCUGUUUAUUGAGAACACCCGAACUUCUCUUUCAUCAUUAUCGUAUAAUGAAUGAGUCAUAUUUUUCACAUAUAGAUUUCAUCCUGAAAAGUCUUUCAUUAUAUGUACGCUUCACUCCACUGCCUCAGUCAAUCACUUCAUCAUAAUGUUUGUCAUACAGUACUGUAUACGGGAAGAUGAAAAUCAUCAGAUGCCAAAUUACUAUCAUUUCAUUUUCAUUUUUUUACAGCCAUAAGGAAGAACAAACAGUGAAGUUUUUUUUACGUGUAUAUGGGGAUUGUUCAUGAAGCCAUCAUUUGUUGGUCAGUAUUAUAGUUUUGAGGCUCAUGGUCUGUUGUGUGUAAUCUAAUGCUGCUUUUUGUUACUCCAUGUAUAAACAUUCAUAUUGUGUUUACAUAAUAAUGAACAGGUCCAUCCAGUUAUGAGCUCAAUGUGUUCCUCUGCAUAUAUUCUGGAAUGUAAUAUGACUAUGAAAGGGCAGUAAUUCAUAUGCUGGCAGAUCGAUAUACAGCAGUACAUAUGCUGAAAUUAAGAUCCUCAAAAAAAAAAAAAGUUUAAAUUCAGAUUUCCAAUUCCAAUUCAGAUUUAAAUUCAGAGGGAUGUUUGGUAACUCUUUACGUAAAGCCUUUAUGUAUAAUGCAUUAAUUAUGCCUAAUUAUGCCUAUAUAUAUAUAUUAUAAUGCAUAUAUAUGAUCUCAUGAAUAGUUGUAACCUAUUGUGUAAUUGUGUGAUUAUAAUGUUUUAUAAUACACUUUUAGAAAAUAUAAUGCAUUAAAACACGACAAACAAUUUCAGAUGUAACAAGGAAUCUGUGAAUAUUAUAAUGCAUUAUAAUGUACAUUAUGAUUACCUUUAUAAUGCAUUAUACAUAAAAGCUUUAAGUAAAGUGUUACCCGGAUGUUUUUGCUUGUCGAUACAUUCAAACAUUUACUGUAUUUAUAAAUAAAUAUACUUAUGCAUUCUGCUUUUCUCUAUAUAACAUGUUUGAACUUGAAUUUGAGGAUGAAAAUGUCUUUUUUUUUACCAUUAAAUUCAGUCUUAUUUAUAAAAUGCCAUCUGUGUUUGCACUUGUUAUGCCCCGGUCCUCAACAGCAGCUCAGGCUGUUUGUUUUAGACGAACAUCGAUUGAUUGGGAAUGGUGGGUGUAGUUCAGAUCUUCAGGAUUGAGGUGUCCACAGCCAACAGAUCGAUCAAUGAAGAAAAUGAUCUUAUUUAUACUGCUUUGAAUGACAGUCCAUCUCUGCUUUACUCCUGUGCAUUUUAUUACACGUUUAUUACCCAUCAUUCUUCAUGUCAUCAUUAGAAAAGUGAAUCUGACACAUUGCAACAAGGAAUAUUUUAUCCAGAAAUGAACAUUCUGGCACCAGUGGACCACAGAAGGAGAAACCGCUCUUUUGUCUACCAUGUCUUCACUGUCGAGCUCCAAACAAGCACCAUAGAAGCACAUUUUAAUUUUUGGGAGAACUACUCUUUUAAAGUAUUUUAAAAAUGAAAAUUUGACAUGAAUUUGUUGUUGUUAUUGUUGUUUAUAUGUUACAUAAAUGCAAAAUAACUUUUCUAAGUACACCAGUGUUGUAUUAAUUAGUGCUGAUCAUGUGUAUCAUGUGAAUAAGAAAUAAAUGAAAAAUGUAUAAUUA